GAGUGGCACUGACCAUCGCAAAAUCAACACAACUUUCUCUCUGCGUUUCUUUGGAAUAUAAUUGUUUUAUCAUCUGGAAGAGAAAAACCAUCUGCGGUGACUUUAUUACAAGGUUGUGACUUCUUGGUGGAAUUUGUCAUGGCAGCAUUAACAAGUGGAGAGCAGGCGAUCAAAUAUCUCAUUUUCGUCUUUAAUUUUUUUAUUUGGCUUGCAGGUACAGGAGUCCUGGCUGUUGGUCUCUGGCUACGUUUUGACAAGCAGACUGCAGGCCUUUUUCAAGUGGCUGAUGCCCCUUCCACAUUCCUUGUUGGUGUUUACAUCCUCAUUGUGGCUGGGGCACUUAUGAUGGUGGUUGGUUUCCUUGGGUGCUGUGGAGCCCUCAGAGAGUCUCAAUGUAUGCUGGGAUUGUUCUUUAUUUUCCUGCUCAUCAUCUUUGCAGCAGAAGUGGCCGCAGGAAUCUGGGGGCUGUCCAAUAAAGACAAGAUUGUUGAAGAGGUAAAGCAAUUCUACGAGCAGACCUAUGCAGCUUACCAAAGCACAAAGCAGCCAGCACUGAAAGAAACUUUGACAGUCAUUCAGCUUGGUCUUCAGUGCUGUGGUCCAACUGGAACUGUUUUUGAUGGUGCUGCAGACACCUGCCCAAAGAAGGAGGGUUUAGCUCUGUUAAUCACAACGAGUUGCCCAGCUGCAAUAGAUGAGUUGUUUAAUUCCAAGAUGCACAUUAUUGGAGGUGUGGGCAUUGGCAUUGGUGUGGUCAUGAUCUUUGGCAUGCUCUUCAGCAUGUUGCUCUGCUGUGCUGUCAGACGAACACGAGAUGUUGUGUAAAGGGACUUGCGGAUUCUUCCACUUCGCAACUACCUGUCUGGCCUUUAAGUGUAGGCCAUGUGUUCACUGCCAAAGCACACGGCUUCAACACCCCUUAAUAUAUUAAAUUGCGUUUCUAAUGCAGUUGCAUACCCGGGUGAAAAUAUCACUGGAGACCACUGUUUAUACCCCUGAGUUCUACCAUAACAGAUUAUCUGGUUUGCUUGUGUAUUUUUAAUUUUUGCUUAUAGUGUGUAUGUGUCAAGGGUUUUUUGGGGUUUUUUAUAUAUAUAUAUUUUAACUAAAUUUAGCAAAAGAUUGAUUUCUUUUUUUUUUUUUUUUUUUUUUCUUUUUUUUUUAUAACCAUAUUUUCCCCAUAUAUCUAUACUGGAUUGUUAACUCUGAAAUACUUAAUAAAAUUACAACUCAAUAGUUUGAUUUUCUUGUACAAGAUCAUAGGCAGGAGAAAUCAUUGAGCAGCAUUUACAACUCAAAUUAUUACAGCACUGACUUCUGCACCUUCAAGGUACUGGCUCAUAAAACAUUUCAACUGUUGGUUAAAGAAGGUAAAUCACAAAGCUUAAAAAAAUUAAUUGAUGUAUUUUAAGUUAUGGCAGAUUUGAAGUUUAGUACACUUAAACUGAAUAUUUGCUGUAUGAAAGUGAAAUAUGAGCAGUUUAACUUUUUUGCACAAAUAAAGAGCAGUCCAAUCAC